CCACUUGUCUCCCCUGGCGGUCUGGGAUUCCUGGGAUGUCUCCUCCUGUAAAAUAAGCUCCUGUCCCAUCCCUAGGCAGUCCACAGCCCACCAUGGAGCUGCUGCGGCUGCAUCUCUGACGGCUGUGCUGCAGAGUAGCUCUCUGCCCUGAAAACGUCCGCCAAGUGUCAAGAGUUUGAGUGUUUGUGUGCUUGUGUUUUAGUUUUAGUAAGUAUCUGGUUUGGAGACAGCAGCCAGGCCUUACGGUCUGCCAGAAGCCAGGACGUCACUUUGUUAGUACUUCUCUUUUUGACAGUAUGCUCUCAUGGAGACGGAGGUAGCAUGUCUGUCUGUGGCGGGACUCUAACAAAAGGACAGGCCGGGACCGUUGCUGUCCUUUAACAUGGACUCGUCAUUCUGCCGUGAUGCAGAGACGUCCAUUUGUUUCUGAUCUAUAACGGACAUGUUGAACAGUGUCGGUGCGCUUUGACAGUCAUGUCUAACGGUUACCGUACUUUAUCGCAGCACCUGAAUGACCUGAAGAAGGAGAACUUCAGCCUCAAGCUCCGCAUCUACUUCCUGGAGGAGAGGAUUCAGCAGAAGUACGAGGAGAGCAGUGAGGAUGUCUACCGUACGAACAUCGAGCUGAAGGUGGAAGUAGAGAGCUUGAAGAAGGAGCUCCAAGAGAAACAAGAACUUCUGGACAAAGCCCUCACAACAGCAGAGAGCUUGACCAACAACAAUGAGGCAGAGCUACAGAGGCGUUGUCAAGAGAGACAGCAGGAAAUCGACCACAUGCAGCAGGUGCUUGAGACGAAAAUUCAGCUCCUGCAGGAGGAGGCCCAGCAAGCGCGUAGUGAGGCCGAGAGAAUGGCCUCGCUGGCUGGAUCACACUCUCACGCCUCCCUCGUUUCCCUGGACGCCACCAUGGAGGACAUCCCUGAGGACGAGAGAUCUCCAAACAUCCUGUUCCCGUCCAACACCAACAAAGACAGGUUUAUAGAAGAACUGACUAAAGAACUUCGCUCCAAGGAGGCUCUCAUCACGGAGCUGUGUGGUGAGAAAACGAUGCUCACACACAGGGUUGGAGAGCUGGAGGAACAAGUUCAGGAUCUGUCUUCUUCUCUGUUGCAGAAGGACAAGGAUGUUGAGUUUUACCAGGAGGAGCUCAGUCAAGAGAGGCUUCGCAUCGAACAGGAGAUGCAGAAUCUCCUGCACUUUACGGCUGUGUGCUGGGUGCCUCUACGUGUAGCCGUCGUUAGUAGCUCUGAAAUGAAAAAAACCGGCUUCUUUAGAGACGCAGAGAAGGAACGGAGGAGCCAGAGGAUCGCCCCAUUUACCAGCGUGCCACCGCGGCACGUCCGCGUGGAGGCCGGCGGAUCGUCACCGCUCCCCGGUCAGGAUGAACCUGUCCGUGUCAGCCGAGCUGUGCUGCUGCUGCUGCAGAGGCGUACUACUUCAUAUUGGAAAGCCAGGAGAAUGCUUGAUGUCAAGAUGAAGGAGACGUGUAGAAUCUGUGGCCGGGAGCUCUGCGGUAACCAGAGGCGAUGGAUCUUCCACCCAGCCUCCAAACUUAAUCUACAUGUGCUGCUGUCCCAUGCCCUGGGUCGAGAGCUGACCCGGGAUGGCAGAGGGGAGUUUGCCUGCUCCAAGUGCACCUUCAUGCUGGACCGCAUGUACCGCUUCGACACAGUCAUCGCCCGAGUGGAGGCCCUGUCCAUCGAAAGGCUGCAGAGGCUAUUGCAGGAGAAGCAUCGACUGAGGCAGUGCAUUGGCGGUUUGUACCGGAGGACUAAUCCGGAGGAGGGUGCUGUGACGUUCACCGGCACUAAUGAAGAGUCUGGAGAUGGGAUGGUGGAUAUCUCGGGUCUAACCCAUGCAAAGUACUGUGCCCUGCUCCAGGAGGAUUUGGUCUACUCUCUGUAUGAGUCCUGGGCUGACGAUGGGUUGGACUGCCACCAUCACCACCACCCUACCUGUUCUGCUGGUCCAGGGUCAGAGGCCACUGGUACAGGCUCACACCACUGUCGACCCAGCACUCCAAGGAGGUGUCGAGGAUGUUCCUACUGGCGGGUAGCGGACUCUGACUAUGAAGCGGUCUGCAAAGUGCCCAGAAAGCUGGCAAGAAGCACCUCUUGCGGGCCAUCAACCAGAUACUCAGCCAGCAUUAUUGGUGGGAGUGUGACUGGAGGAGAUGGAGAUGUGGAGAGAAAGAAUUUGGACGAUUCAGAAGAGGCCCCGUCAUCUCGAACCCUGGUCCCUGGGUCUCAGGACGUUUCCCGGACUUCAGACAGUGAUCGCACUCUGGCUGGACGAGGCAGCUCCAGCCCAUCAGUUGCAUCCCUGGAGAUGACCGAAGACAACACUCAACCUGGAGCACUGAGAGACAGAUCACUGAUCUCCUCUGGGGAAGCAGCAAUAGACGACCACAUAUCUGACUCUCUGUCUGAGGAGCACAUGGGAGCGACGCUGUCCUCACCUGGGCCCAGUCUUUCUCUGACAUUCUGUUUGCUGCAAAGCUACGCAACCUACCGCCCAGUCCAGCACACCAAGGGCAGCAAACUACCCGUCCUCAUCCGGCGGAGCUCCAAGAAUGGAGGGGCUCGGCUGCGAUUCCCAGAUCCUCUUCUUGGGAUGCCUUAUGGAGAGAGAGACAACCACAUGCCCACUCCCGAGCCAGCUUUGGUCAGGCUGAAUUUGGAAGACGAUCACGACCUGAACUUUGCUGACAUGGAGGAUUUAUUGAAAGAUUUAUACAAGGAGUAUCCUCCCCCACCUCCACAUCAGAGCCUCGUUGAGGAGCAGCAGAGUCAGCUCAACCAGUACGAAUGUGCGGCAGGUCAGUGCGUCAGCGAGCUGCAGAAGGCCCAGCUCCAGGUCCAAUCCCUGCAGGCAAAAAUCCUGGAGAGCGAGGCCAACAACAUGAAGCUGCAGGAGAAGCUGAACGAGAUGGAGUGUGAGCUGCGUUUGCUCCGACAGGCGGCCCAGAGUCAGGAAAGAACCAUUCAGGGCCUCACAGAGUCCAUCACCACCAAAGACAGCGAGGCCCAGGAGCUGUACCAUCUGAUCGAAGGCCAGAACAGCACUCUGUGCAAGCUGCAAGAACUGGCCCAUCGUAACCAGCUCGCUCAAAGCCAGACUCCUGUGGGGAUGAGCGAGUCCCUGACGCUUGGCCAGCUGCAGGAUGAGCUGGUCCGGGUGCAGAGCUCUCUGUUCUCUCUCGGUCUGGAGCUGGAGGCCAGCCAGAGGAGUCUAAGACAGAGCCAAAGGACAAGGCGACGACCUGCUGAGGUUCAAGGACAGGCUCAGCUCGACCUGCGCAGUGCUCUGCAGAAGAUUCGCUCCGAGCUUCAGACCAAAGAGGCGGCUCUGAAGGAAUGCGAGGCAGAGAAGACGGCAGUGACGCAAGAGAAAGACGGGAUCAUUGCACAGCUCGAGCGCUCCCUGCAGGACAAGGAGAGGCAGCUGCAGGAUUAUUGUGACAUGUUGGAGUCGACAAAAAGCUCCAAGCCAAGAGAUGUUCUGCUAGAGAAGCUGAGGGAGCGGAUUAAGGAGAGAGACCGAGCUCUGGAGCGCUCCAUCGAUGACAAGUUCCGCUGUCUGGAGGAGCGUGAGGGCCAGGUGAGGGCGCUGCAGCUCGCCCUCAGGGAGAAGGAGCGCGACCUGGAGAGGCUCCGCUGCAUCCUGUCCAACAACGAGGAAACCAUCACGAGUUUGGAUGCUCUGGUGCGCAGUAAGGAGCUGGAGCUGGAGCAGGCAGCAGAGGCCUACAGGAACCUGCAGUGGCUGAAGCAGAAGAGCGAGGAGAAGGAGAAAACGGCUCUGAGGGAGAAGGACACCAUCAUCCACCAGCUGCAGGCGGCCCUGCAGGCGCGCAGCCAGGAGAUGCAGGAUCUAACGACCGCCCUUGUUGCCCGAGUCCAGUCCGGCCCCACUGGGGUCGUAGAGGAGAUGAAGGCUCGACUGGCCCUUAAGGAGAAACUGCUCCAGGAGCUGCUGUCCGACCGCACCCGGCAGACCGACGAACACCAAGCACAGAUCCUGGAUCUGCUCAGCACACUCGGCUCCAAAGACCAGUACCUCCAGGAUUACUCGUACAGGCUCUCCUUGGUGAUCACCGAGCGGACGAACGAGCAGCAGGAACUUCGCAAGCAGCUGACACAGACGGAGCAGGAGCUGAGCGAGCUGAGGCGAGAAAGAGAGAGGGAGACGGGAGGAGAGGCGGAGCGUCUACGAAGCCUGCUCAAAGAGAAGGAAGCCUUUAUUAAGGAUCUGAUUCGGGAACAGGAGGAGGCUGUGCAGGAGGAGAGGGAGGCCGAAGUGAAGGCUCUGAAGGACGAGAUCCAGCUGGUGUUGAAGAAGGAGAAGGAGGCUCAGAUAGAGAUCGCUGACCUGCGCUCCUCUCUGGCCCAUCGGCAGAUUCAGAAUGCGGCGACAAAAGACGGAGCUCAUCAGCAAUGUGUGCUAGAGCAGCUGGUGUCUGAGUACAACAAGCUGAAUGAGGCCCUGAGGACAGAAAAGAGUCUUUACCAAAAUCUGACCCAGCUUAGCAGAAGUGAUGGCAACAGCAGCUCAGAGACGAUCCAGACCCUUCACACCGAACUAGACUCCGUUCAGGCACUUCGAGGGCAGCUGGAGGAGGUUCUGGCCAGGACCCGUAGCAUGGCCCUGACACUGGAGCGGGCAGCUAAAAGGCAGCCUGAGUUUGGAGAGUUCAGCUCAGAGGAGGAGGAGGAGGAAGACGAUGAAGACGGCAGCAGUGAGGAGUUCACUGACAGCAUAGAGGAGGAGGAUAACAGCCUGAACUCCAUUCAGGCGUCAGCGAAGCCUCAAAGAGCAGGUGAUGAGUCCCGGCGACUGGUAGAGGAGACGGUACACCACCUAAAGCAGCUUGAAGAAGCCAAGAGGACUCUAGAUGUUCAGCUUGAAGAAGUGCAGUCGCAGCUGGAAGAGGAUGGAUACGCGUCUUUAUCUGACAUGAGGAGUGCCUUGCAGAGGUUGCAGCAGGAGAAUGAGGCUCUGAGAGAAAGUUGGGGGUGUCCGAGAGCUGGGGGGCAGAGGAGGAACGCGGAGACUAAACCGAGCCGACGAGAGGAGAGAGAGAGGAGCAGUGCCGAGGAGGACGAUGAAGAGUUUGAAUCAUCUCCAGUGGUGUCGGGGAAGCGAGGUCCCUCGAGUGUCGGCCUGAGCACCGAGUCGGGGAAGAGGCACUGCAUGAGGCCGAGCUCGCUGGACCUGAAGUCCAAACAGGCUGAGACGACUGUGGAGUCCACCGGCAGUAGCAGUGAGGUGGGAGCAAUUUGGCAGGAUAUAGAGGAGGGUCUCCGUGAGCAGGCGGCUCGUCUUCUCUCUGACCUGACCCUGAGCCUGCAGGAGAACAGAGAGCUGAAAGAGAGGCUGAUGGUGUCCGAAGCCACCGUUCAGGCUCAGGCUGAGCAGCUCAAGGACUACAGAGAUCUGCUAACAGAAACGUCCGUGCAGCAGGCCAGUAAGCAGGUGCAGGUGGAUCUCCAGGAUCUCGGCUACGAGACCUGCGGCCGCAGUGAGAACGAAGCCGAGAGAGAAGACGCCAGCAGUCCAGGUGAUCCACACAGACCUGGCUUCUCUGAGAGUUUGACGACUUGGAGAUGUGCACGUCGCUGUCCCAGCCUCAGGACUGUGAGGGUGCAGGUGGCAAGCUGGUACGCCAGGAACUGUAGCGUGAAGAGAGGGGCUUACAACCCGGGGGACGAGUCUGCGUCUCUCCAGCAUCUGAUCCAGGAUCUGCGCUCCCAGCUGACCCGCUGCCACAAGGUGAUCCGUGGACUGCAGCUGCGCGUCCGCUCGCUGUCCGCCACCAGCGACUACGCCUCCAGCCUGGAGCGCACACCACGCAAGGUCAACUGGGCGUUUGAGAGGUCGGAAGGCCCCAGUGCAGCGGAGGAAGAUGAAGGAUGGAUGUCAGACACGCAGGGAGUCCGCUCCAGCUCCAGGCACAGCAGGGAGCUGCAGGAGCUCAUGGAGCGAGUCGCGUCGCUUGAGGCUCAGCUGAAAACCACUGCUGCACAGGGCAAAGGUCAACCAGAAGAGGGGAAAUGUGCCACCUGGCCUGGGAAGUACAACUCUCUGAUCCAGGCUCAGGCUCGUGAGCUGUCCCACCUCAGGCAGAGGAUGAGAGAGGGCCAGGGGGUCUGCCACAUCCUGACACAACACCUGGGGGACACUACCAAGGCUUUUGAAGAGCUCCUGCGGGCCAACGACGUUGAUUACUACAUGGGUCAGAGCUUCAGGGAGCAGCUGGCUCAGAGCAGCGCCCUGGCUCAGAGAGUGCUCACCAAGAUAAGUGGACGUAAGAAGAACCUUUCUAACCAUAGUGAGAAAACAGGCCAUGAGCUGCUUGCCUUAAGGCUGAGUAAGGAGCUACAGCAGAAAGAUAAACUCAUUGAGUCACUCCACACCAAACUCCACCAACGUCCUGAGACUCCGUCCAGCUGCCACGCCCUCUCUGAGACCACCGACCAAUCGGACAGGACCUCCAUGGUGUCUGAUGAAUACCAAAGCAACGAAGACUUGGAGCUGUGCUCGGACAUGGCAGCCACAGAGUUUCCGGAGGAGCAACGGCUCCUGCAGCAAGGCCACGCGUCACCACCAGACGUCCGUCCAUCUCUCCCACCUCUUCGUGGCCUCCUCAAGGCUUCCAACAGCUGUCCCAACAUGCUUUACUCUGCCGCUGUAGGUCUGAACACUCCUGAAGGUAGAGCCCCUUUCAGUGCACCCAUCUCCUCCCUCUUUGUGUCCUCCGGCCCUGACGUCUGGGGUUAUGAAGUCAUUUCUAACCCCCGGCCCAGGGCCCUGUCUGUUGCCGCUGUUCGCCCAGAGCUGGACAUGCUCUACAGACAGAUGCAUGAGCAGAACAGGGGAUUCCCCGUUCCCCAGGACCAGACCCUGUUCGGCCUUUCGCCUGGCCCUCAUAACCAGCACGACCUCUCGAGCUACAACCAGCUAUCCCAUCAUGCCUUUCAACACUACCAGCUAAGGUGGCAUCCCUAGUGCCACUCCGUUAAAUCUGACUCAGGUCUUUUGAGAGGACAGCCUCUGUGGGACAUGGACAACUUAGUUCAGCCAACUGGGACCUUUUCUGGAAACCAAACAGCAAGCAGCCAAACAGGAGUAAAUUUGAUCGAGGAGCACCUCCGAGAGGUGAGAUGUCUCCGUCAGCGCUUGGAGGAGUCGAUCAGGACCAAUGAGAGGCUCAGGCAGCAGCUGGAAGAUAAACUGGCCUCCACUGGGCGGGAUGGAGGACCACCAACAAACAUCUACAUUCAGGGACUUGACACAGUCACCCAGCUUUCUAGUGAAAUCAGGGUCCUGAAAGAGGAAAAUCUUAGUCUGCAGUCUCGCCUACAGGCCAGCACAGACACAAAUGAGGAGGUGGUGCAGCUGCGGGAGGCCGUGUUUGCAGCCAGAACCCGCCUGAAGCAGGCCGAGCUGGAGGCCGAGCAGUGGAAGGAGGAGCUGCGGCGCCUGCAGGCUCACACUCAGGACCAGGGGCAGCAGAUUCACGCUCUGAGGCAGGAGCGACAGGCCAACCAGGACAAAACCAACAGGUUGCUGUCGCUUCCCACACCGGUUCUGCUCGUUGGCUCCAAGCACGAGACGACUCUGCUGCAGCAACAGCUGAGUGAGACCAGAGAACUGAUCCACUCGCUGCAGAGCGAACUGCAUGUUUAUGAUCGAGUGUGCUCCAGCACCAAGGCUAACAAAGGGUUUCUGUGUGAGGUGGCGGGCUUCCCAGUGGAGCUGGGGGAGCUGCUGGCGGAGGUCAGGAGUCUGCGGGCCCAGCUGCAGAGCAGCGUCCAGGAAAACAGCUGCCUCAAACAGCUGGAGCUCCACAAGCAGCUGGAGCAGAAGUUAGGCGUGGGGUCACCGCGGGCUCCGUCUCUGUCUGCGCUGACCGCCAGCCCUCAGAGGGAAACCUUCUACAGACGACAACUGCUGCACGACCCAGCGCCGUCUCCACCGGUCAGGGACAUCGGUUUGUUUAACUGUGGAUCUCCUGGUCCUCCCUACUCAGACCUGGAUGACAGCCAUAGCCCUGCUAAUGCAGACUCUCUUGACCCUCACUCGGAACUGGAAGGGGAGGCACCAGAUGGGUCGUUUGCAAACCGUAACGGUCGCCACGCCAUUGGCCACGUGGAUGACUUCAGCGCUUUGCAGCAGCAGGUCCUGGAGGGCCGAAGCCUCGUCCAGCGCAUGGAGGCCACCUUGCAGGCCUGCCUCACCCCACCGCUGCUGGAGGGCAAACAGAUAGAGGGCAGCGACCUGGCCGUGGACUAUGGAUGUGUAAAGAGUCUUCUGUCCAACACCAAGACUCUGAGGCAGAUCUUGGAGGAGGCCAUGUCUCUGCUGAAGAUGUUCUGGAGAGCAGCUCUUCCUAACACAGAUCCCUCCAUCCAAAACCUUAAGAAGGAGCAGUGCCUGCAGGAGGAGAUUUUGUCCCUGAAGCUGCGUAUAUCUGAGCAGGAAGAAGUUCUUAAAGGCACAGUACAAAGACUUAGGAGCACCAGCCGCACCAAGGAGAGCAUGGAGCACUUCAUAGUCAAUCAGUUAUCAAGGACUCGCGAUGUGCUGAAAAAAGCUAGGACUAAUUUAGAGAAGAACGAGCUGAGGCUCUCCUCUCUAAGCUCCUCCCCCUCCUCUCCUCCUGCUGCUGAGGAGCUUGGAGGUGUUGCCAGAGCACGGCCUCCUGAUCGCGGUGUCCUGAUGAGCAACGGCUUUCCUGGAAUCACCAGAGCAGAAGCUACUCAGCGUCUGGCAACAAGGAAGCGCAGCAGCCAUUGUCUACUUUAGACUUCCAAAGCACCAACCUAAGUGCUCCCAUGUCUGACCUCUCUGUUUAAACAGACCCCUUCCUCAUCACAUACUCCUUCCCAUUUGACCCUGCCCACUUUUCUCCAUCCAACCACCCCUUGUUCAUCUGGACAAUACAGUCAGAGUAUAAGCUGCACCUUGGCCCUCCCCUCACCCCUAUUCACCUCUGUUGUUGUCUUUGAGUGAAACAGUCAGCAAUUUGCUUGCUGUGUGUAAGAUCGAGGGGCUGAUUGAAAAGUGCUUCUGAUGGUUUCAGGGAUGUGCGUCCUACAGUCCCGAAGAUGCCUUUAGCUCUGGUUCAAGGAUUGCACACAUUUAUUGUGGGUCUCUGAUAUAUUUCAGGAUACAGAUUCUCAUCUGAUCUGCGCCCACACAGAGCCAGACAGCCUGUAGAGAAAGAGGGUUUGCGCAUGUUUAAAAUGGCUUUUGAGAUGUACUCUGCACACAGACGCAUACAUGUAAAGUCCCAUCAGUUUGUGGGCGAUCGAACGGUUCACUCAAAGACAAAUUCAUUUCCCCUAAAGCUGCCACUGAAAUGCAACUCGCCUCCUUGUGGCAGUAAUUUUGAAUUUUUACAAAUGCAAUGCAAAGAAAAGUGACACCAACAAUCUCUCGUUAGACAUGCCGGAGGAAUGUACUGUGUACGAUGUGUGCUUGCUGUUGUUGUGGAGAAAGCCAAUAGCUAAGAUUAUUUGUUGUUGAGUGAUGCUACAGCAAAGUCCCACGCCUCAUUUUUAAUGUCCCCAAAGUUUGCAAAAUCACAGAAACUGGGAGCUGCGUGUGCCAGAGGAACCAGGUCGUACUCACUCCCCAGGGGGCUUCUCGUACGAGCAUGUGCAAUAACGAUGUUUCUUCAGUAACUAAGCUGCACUGGAUCACAGUUCACAGCGUUUGUCAUGGUUUGGACACAACCGGUGUCAUGAUUGUAUUUAUUUUUUGAGUGUCGAUGCAUGACAAAGAUUGUGCACAUGAAAAUCGGAGCACUGGAACUAGUCGCAGCCGAUUCUUGCCAAAGUUUGAGCCUCAAACUAUUCACUCUGACUUGCCUCGUCCACAUGAAUGAGAAAACUUAUAUCAGCCACAAUGUUACCGAGCUGUCAUGUUUUCCUUUUAAACCAUAGAGACGGUAACCGUUAGACACCUAUUGAAACAUUUUUUUGGACCAGCACUCCAGCAGAUUUUUCAGUCAAGCUAUUUGUUAAUGUCUCUUAAUGUUAUUUUUAGUAUCCCCUGAGCAAAGGCAAAAAACAACAAAUUCUUACAAAUGAUGGAAACUUUCACUUAUCACCUAAAAAGCUCAUUUUCCCGUUUGUCUUACUGCAUUUUAUUGCUGUACAUGAUGCCAUUCUGUGCUGUAAAUACCAGCUUGGUGUGCAUGUGUGGGUAUAUGUGUGAAAACAUCCAACAUUUGCUUUUUUUGCAAAGUUGAUUAUCUGGGUACCUGUGCAAUAGCUUGAUUAUUUUUGGUUUAUUUUGAUGUUAAACAUCAUUAUGGUGUGUCUGUUUGCUAUUCAUCUCCUCCAGUGUACAAAGCGUAUGCAGUGUGUAUUAGAGGAUUAAGCCACUUUGAAUGAAUUAAUUAACUGCAUAGGCUUCCACCUGAUUAAGUAAACUAUGCCUUCAUCAUAUGUAAUACACUGACCAUGUAUCUCCUAUUAUAAGGCUCUAAUUAAUGUUGCUUCGCUUGCCUUUAACCUUAGCCUGAGAGUUUGCUCUCAGUGGUAGAAAUGGCCUUGACCAAGCGUCUACUUGAUUUCUGUUGAAGUGGGUUUUGUUCACGCUUGAGUUUUCAGAAAAAAGACAAACGUUGCCAAGUAUUUCAAAGUUAAUGGGAGACUGUUUUGAGGAAUUUUGUUUUAAAAAGUGUCUUCUGAAAUGAUUGUAAUACACUGAAUCAACAGAGCACCUUGUUAGAACGUGAACAAAGCCUUUUUUUUUGCUAUUUGCUAAUAAAAAGGGAACCAAACAGUAGAUUGUUGUUGGUAUUGAAUUGCAUAUGUAUAUAGAGCUAUUUGAUUGGUGCAGGUAUAUCCUGAGUUUAUGCUUAUUGAAGUAGUUGGCCGAUACAGGACUCUAUUGAGUCCUGUGUCUGAUCAGGUGUGUUGCAUUAUGGAAAAAGUUCUAUCAAUGAUGAAUUGUGAGAAGGAAUGAAUAAAACACUUAAAAACUUC